AUGUCAAAAAAUGAUACUCUGAAUAAAUUUAGAACACGGGCGAAGGAAAUCGGGAGACAACAGACGGCAUCUAAAAAGAGACAAAAGCUGUUCCCCGUGCCAUCCACAACGACUGAGGACGUCACAACGACACAGUCUGAAAAUGAACAAACCAUCCCCAAUAAAACUUCAUCCGAAAAUUUCGCAAAACUUCCAACAUUGAAAAUCGAGGAGAUAAAGUUCUUCGACUUGAUAACGCAAGGAGAUUUAGUCGGACUGAAAGACUUUAUGCAAUCUCCUGCCUACUCAAAGAUUAACAUUAACAAGACUGACAAAUAUGGAUUUUCCGGUUUACAUCACGCCGUCAAGCGACAAGACGAAGAAAUGGUGUCACUCUUCCUCGAACAAAAAGGCAUCCUCACAUACGACACCUUAUUCCACGCUAUUUUAGAAGAAAACAUCCCCAUCACGAAAUUACUACUGGAACAUCAGGACAGAAUAAGUCCACAGCUCAUGGGCAGUUCCAUAAGAAGGAUUGUGCCCACCACGCUCCCCCUCCCCGGUCUCCCCAGAGUACUUUCACCCACCAAAAUCACGACCCGACAGAGUCUCACAGAUUUGGAAGAAUUUGAUUCUGAGUUUCCAAUUUAUUUUACACCCCUUCUCAUCGCUGCCAUUCUUGGGAAUACGACGCUGAUCGAAAUGUUUUACGACAGAGGGGAGCGCCUAGAG